AUUACCGAAAGUGUGAAGGAAAUGAAUAUACCUGUACAAAUAAACAAUGCAUUCCAGCAGAGAAAAAGUGCAAUGCUAUAAUUGACUGUGUAGAUUAUAGUGAUGAAAUGAAUUGUGACUCCUGCAAAAAGUCGUUUCUCUGUACUGAUGAAUCCAAAUGCAUCCUUCAUCGACUGACAUCUGAUCGCUACCCAGACUGUAAGGAUAGCCGUGAUGAAAAGCUUUGCAAUCGAUAUAUUAUUAGAUGCAUUGACUUCAGUCGUGAAUAUCUUUGGGCAGGAAAAGUCUUAUCACCUAAAACUGUUUGGAAUUAUCAGUUGGAAGGUAACAAAUCAGGAAAGCAUACCUUUUCAAGUCAAAGUAACAGUCUAUCUGAUCUUGAUGUUCCAUAUCUGGGAGCAGAGGUAUAUCCCUGUGUUUUAAAGGUAAAAACCGAUUGCACGUUCAACUUUCGUGAAGCAUCCCUAAUUGACAAUUUCAAAACUGACUUUGCAUAUCCGUUUUGUGAGUGCACAAUAGGAACAUACAAAUAUGAUUUUCUAAGCAUGGAAUUGCUGUCGGUGACGAGAUGCGAUGGAGGUGAAAUCACCACGCGAUUACACGUUGAUGAAGAAAGUAUUUAUCCUGAAUUCAAAAUGAUAAAUUUUAAUUAUAACUUCGAUGAUUUCGAAUCAACAAGUGAAUUAUUACACCAAACACAACUACCACCUUAUUGCACUUACGAGUACAAUGUGACCGAAAUUGGGGACUUCAUCUUCUUUUGUGAAAGAGAUGACAAGGUCAUACCAAAGGCUAUGAUGUGUAUUUAUGCCGUAGAUGCUAGCGGUUACAUGACUGGAUGCCGAUCUGGAGACCAUUUACAAAAUUGCGAAAAUUUCAGUUGUCCUGUAAAUACAGUUAAAUGCCCAGGAAGUUAUUGUAUUGAACAACGAUUUUUGUGUGAUGGACACAUUGAAUGUCCUAAAGGAGAGGAUGAAAAAGAUUGUACUUGUAUAGACUCGGAAAGAGAAGUAAUCUUAUUUAUUGAAGAGGAUGACUCUGAGACCAGAGAAACAGCAAUGCAUUUAGCCAAACAAUUCAUUACAAGCAAAGAGAACAGUAUCGUAAAAUUGUUUUAUUUUAAGAGUUUGCCCAGACCAAUGGAAUUUAACAUUACAUACAGGUUGAUUAGAAUAAGAGAAGAACAUGUAAAUCAAGAACGGGAAAGUAAAUGCAAGUACAAAACAAUGGCAAGAGACUUUCUUAAAAAACUGCAGUUUUCAAAAGCAGGAAAAAGAGGGAUUAUUGUGUUUGAGAAUAGUAAUGAAUCAUCAAUUGUUGCCAACCUAGUAUUGUCCAAUAUUUCAGAGCCAGCGUUUUCAAUUUAUCGCGUGAUAAAAGAUUUCAAUUCUUCACUUUAUAAAAAUAACGUUUACAAAUUUGUAAAAGAUGUUCACAUCAGUAAAUGGAGUUCACUAUUUUCGACUGGAUUUAGACGAUUUCCAGAAAUAUGUAAAGAGGCUUCAUAUCUACCAUGUGCUGGGAUGUUCAGAUGUUCUUCUAGCAAGCAAUGUUUACCACUUGAGCAAGUAUGUGAUGAUGUAAUACAUUGCAGAAAUGGUGAUGAUGAACGGCUUUGUGAUUCUGUAUGUCCUAGUCAAUGUUCUUGCAUUGCUGACGUAAUCAAUUGUAAGGCGGCCAACAUUUCCAUGGCUGAAAUUUCGUCAUUGUCGAUGCAAACUAGGAGCGCUGAUAUAAGUAAAAAUCCAAAGAUAAAAAAAAUAAUCAGAACAAAUUUAGGUUUUCCUUACAUGUUACGACUUAAUAUGUCGUCAUGUGAUAUUCAUGACAUUCAUGAAAAGGCCUUUUUUGAUUUGAAAAAUCUAUUAUCACUUGAUCUAAGCGACAAUAGGAUCAAGUUGCUACCCGAUAAAGUAUUUAGCAAGCUUCGUCAACUGACAUACUUAAAUCUUGAUGGAAACAACGAAUUGACAGAGAUUUCACCGACGGCUUUUAAAGGUUUGAAAGCGAUAAGAAGCUUGAAGAUUUCAGGCACAAACUUAAAAAAGAUUAGCUCGCAAACAUUUUCUGACUUACAGUUGGACUCUUUAGAUAUCUCGCACAACAAAAUUGAGGACAUUGAAGACUAUGCCUUCAACAAUUCUAUAGUGCAUAAAAUUAAUUUUGAAGGCAAUAGAGUGAUUAAAUUCGGAAAAUUUAUGUUCAACGGCGUUUCAUCACUUCGGGAUCUUCGAACGCCUGCAUUUAAAUUCUGUUGUAUCCGCCCUUGUUAUGUUUCUGAAGAAGAUUGCAAGCCAUUAAAGAAUGAAUUUUCUUCAUGUGAAGAUCUGAUGAGAAAUUCUGUCCUUCAAGCAGUUCUUUGGAUAGUAGGGGUAGCUUCAUUGUGCGGAAAUCUCUCAUCAAUCAUAUACCGUCUUGUCUAUGAUCGUGAAAGGCUAAAAAUAGGAUACGGAAUAUUUGUAACUAACCUUGCCUUUGCCGAUUUUCUGAUGGGUGUAUACUUAAUAACGAUAGCAGUGGCUGAUUCACUUUACAGAAACAGAUACAUAUUUAUGGAUGAUCAAUGGAGAAGCAGUAAUUGGUGUGUUUCUGCUGGGGUUCUUUCUACAAUUUCAUCUGAAGCAAGCGUUUUCUUUCUUUGCUUGAUAACAUUGGACAGACUUUUAGUGAUCAAGUUUCCAUUUGGCACAGUAAGGUUUGGUCCUAUGAAGGCGUACAUUUGCUGCGGAAUUUGCUGGCUAAUUUCCAUAAUCCUAUCAAUCAUUCCAGUUUUUUACACAAGUCACUUCCAAAACAAAUUCUACGCUAAAACAGGAGUAUGCAUUGCAUUGCCUCUUACUAGAGAUAAACCCCCAGGUUGGAUUUAUUCUGUGUCAAUCUUCGUUGGCUUGAAUUUCUGCACUUUUAUUCUUGUCGCUGCGGGACAAAUUUCCAUAUUUUCAGAACUUCGACGAGCAACAUCAAGUAUGCAGAAGACACAGAAAUCUAGGAAACGUGAUUUGAAAGUUGCGAGGAAUCUUAUCCUCGUCGCAACGACUGACUUCCUAUGUUGGUUUCCGAUAGGAGUGAUGGGUAUUUUGGCAUUAAAUGGAUUUCCGAUUCCAGGGGAUGUUUAUGCAUGGUCAGCCGUUUUUAUAUUACCUAUUAACUCUGCCCUAAAUCCGUUUUUGUACACGGUGACAGCAAUAAUAGGGAAGAAGAGUUUUAACCCAAGCCUUGAUGAGCAAAGCAGAACGGUGGUCCAGAGAGAAAUUGGCACGGCCAUUCUAGAAUACCAGGAAUUUAGUAGCUCCGUGCGGAUGAAACGUGAACUUGUACCAGUUGGGACGAUGCGCAGUAUACAAGACUUUCUUGAUGACAAGAGAUUUUUGUCUGUUAAUAUCGUUACAACUGUAUCCAAACAACUUGCCGAUUAUCUGCGCCUAUUACAUGAGUCGUUCCUUGCCAUUGACCAGAUAAGCGAGACAAAUAUUUACAUUAAAGUUGAUAAAACAAAGCCCAACAAACCAAUUGUUGUUAUCGAUGCAAAGCUAUCGUCAGCUGCUGAUGAAAGUGCCUUACAGGAAAACAUCCGCCAAUUCGGAAACCUCCUUCGAAAACUUAUUUCAAAAUGUGAUAAACGUAUGAAAUAAUGUGUGGUAUACAAAUGACAGUAUACAAAAAUGUUUAGAUAUAUUGCCUUGAUGCAACAUUUUAUGUGAAAAUGUUUUUUUAUCUUGUUACUUUGUUGUAAAGAUUUUUUAAAAAAAAUAUAAAUUACUUUUUUUCCCAUAGCUUUUGUGAAAACGAGUUUGAAAAACUAUUUGGUAUAAAAGGUUAUUUGAAUACAUAUAUUGCAUUCGUACCUAGCUUAUAUAAAAAGCAAUAGCAGUUAAAUUGUAUUUUUUAUCUUGUUAUUUUUGAUGUGUAAAUAUUUGUGAACUUACUCUGACGUGUGUGUUUUUUCUUAAAACUGUAAACAUAUAGGAAUUAGUUUAAAUUUUAAUAAAUGUAAUACUGUCGUGAACUCAUUGUUUGUUUCAUAAAUAUUGUCAAUCAUGCUUUGUCAUUAAUCGUUUAACAUGUAAUGUUGUUAACAGUGUUGUUUUCAAAAUGAUACAUUGUUUAUGAAUAUAUUUUGAGAGAGUUUCUGGAUUGGUGAUCCUCACAAACAAAAAAUGUUAUUGGUUAGAAUCCUACACGGUUCAAAACAAUUUUGUCCUCAUAUGACGAAAACACGGGUUAGGUCAAGGAGCCGACUCUAGAGCGGUUUUGAAACGCUUCAAGAUUUCACUUCCAAUUCAAUGAGCUGAACGAAUUACGUUUAUAUACAUUCUGUUACAAAUAUGUAAUGUACUUUUAAACAAUGAACUAUUGUAAAAGUUUAAGGUAACACAAUCUGUUGAUUGUUCUAAAUUCAAAAUGUCAUGAUUAUUAUAUUAUUGUAUUAUAUUAUUGUAUUUUGAAUAAACCUUUGCUAUUGUGAGUGUACAGUAACUUGGACUUACCAGCUUGACCAUGAACAGGGUCAGUUAAACCUGCAACAUUUUUGUUUUAGCCGUUUUGGGCGUUCUAAACAUUUCUUUUUUCACCUUUUUCUGAUUGGUGUCAGAGAACAUAAAUAUUGAUGAAACGUUAGUAUGGUACUUAUGAUGACGAGAUGAUAUGUUUGACAGUCCACGGAUGUUUUUGUUACUUGUUUUUGUCAAAUUUGAUCAUUAUUGUUUAGCUCACCUGUCACAAAGUGUCAUGGUGAUCUUAUGUGAUCGCAAUUCAUCUGGCGUCCGUAGUUCGUUCGUAAGAGACAUCAUCUACUCAUUAGAUGAGCCAAUUUCUUACAAACUUUACACGAAUAGUCAUUGGGUGGUCACCUUUGACAAGAAAUUAAAUCCGAUGAAAAACUCUGAUUGUCAUGUCAACCAAAAACUUCUUUUAAAAAUCUUCUAUUGAAUUUCAUAGCAGGCAAACCAUUUAUUUUGUACAGCAAACAGUGCCAUCUUAUGGAACUGUUGUUUUCCUUAGCAAUAGCAACCAGUAAAGUUUUUACACAAGCACUAGUUUAGAUACAUAAAAGAACUUUUUGAUACCAGUUUAAAAUUUAGAUUUUACAUCAUUUAUAGUUUACAAUAUCACUUGUUCCAUGUCAUGGGGAAUAUUUAUAUUCAGAUGAGCGAUAUUAGGGUCAUCAUGGCUGUCUUGUUUUUUUUUUACUUAAGAUUAGCAAUAAUUUGUUGUAUUUGUAUAAUAAAUGUUUAGUAUCAAUAAAGUGUUUGUAAUUGUUAUCUUUUAAAUAC